AUGGCACCGGAAUGGUCAAGGUCAGUGCUUCUCCUUAUUGUACAAACAUUAUCUCCCUUGUUUGUUUCCAAAUAUGCCACUAAUAAUGGCUCUCUUCAUAGGCUGGUUUUGCUGGUGACGAUGCACCAAGGGCUGUUUUCCCUAGCAUCGCCGGGUCGUCCUCGUCACACUGGUGUCAUGGUAGGGAUGGGACAGAAGGACGCCUAUGUUGGUGACGAGGCACAGUCCAAGAGAGGUAUUCUCACGCUCAAGUACCCGAUUGAGCACGAAAUCUGGCAUCACACUUUCUACAAUGAGCUCCGUGUUGCCCCCGAGGAGCACCCUGUGUUGCUCACUGAAGCUCCUCUGAACCCAAAGGCCAACAGGGAGAAGAUGACCCAGAUUAUGUUCGAGACUUUCAAUGUUCCAGCCAUGUACGUUGCGAUUCAAGCCGUGCUCUCCCUCUAUGCUAGUGGGCGUACUACUGGUAUUGUUCUUGACUCUGGUGAUGAGAGAUUUAGGUGCCCUGAGGUCCUCUUCCAGCCGUCCAUGAUUGGUAUGGAGGCUGCUGGAAUCCAUGAGACAACAUACAAUUCAAUCAUGAAGUGCGACGUGGAUAUCAGGAAGGACCUCUACGGCAACAUUGUGCUCAGUGGAGGUUCAACUAUGUUCCCGAUGUGGAUAUCAAAGGAGGAGUAUGAUGAGUCUGGCCCGGCAAUUGUUCACAGGAAGUGCUUCUAG